CCUUCUGACCCUAGAAGCCAUGUUGGGUCCCAAGCUGCUUGUCCUUCUCUUGGUCACCUUGGCCCAGGGAAUUCCUGUCCCCAGUCAGGAUGACAUCCAAGUGCAGGAGAAUUUUAAUCUCUCUAGGAUGUUUGGCAAAUGGUAUGAUGUGGCUAUUGCUUCCAACUGCCAGUGGCUGAAACGGUUCCAGGGCCGAUUUUCCACAGGAACUGUGGUCCUGGCCCAGGGGCAGAGUGACCAGGAGAUCAGCAGCAUCAACACCAGAUUCAAGAAAGGUGUCUGUGAACAAAAUUCUGUAAUUCUUGAGAAAAUGGACACUGAAGGGAAAUUUUUCUACCAUAACUCCAAGUGGAAUGCAACUAUGGUUUACUAUGUGGUCCAUACCAACUAUGAUGAGUAUGCCAUAAUUCUGAUGCAGAAAUCCAGCCGCUUUGGAUCCAGCAUUACUGUAAAACUCUAUGGUAGGAGACCACAGCUUCGGGAAAGCCUCCUGGAAGAAUUCAGGGACUUUGCCCUGGGUUUGGACAUCCCUAGAAACUCUAUCUUUUUCAAGUUAGACAAAGGUGAAUGUGUUCCUGGGGAGACAGAACCUACAAUUCCACCUACACCCGAGCGCCAAAGAAGCCGGCGGGCUGUGUUACCUCUGGAAACUGAGGCAUCUGGAGGUGGACCGUUACCCACUGGGUUUGUCAGAAAAGAAGAUUCCUGCCACCUCGAGAAAGACAUAGGGCCUUGCCGAGGAAUGACCAAGAGAUACUUCUAUAACGUCUCUUCCAUGACCUGUGAGACUUUCUUCUAUGGGGGCUGCUUGGGCAAUGGUAACAACUUUAAAUCUGAGAAGGAGUGUCUUCAGACCUGCAGGACAGAGGCUGCCUGCAGACUGCCCAUUGUGCCUGGUCCCUGUGUUGCCAACGUAGAGCUUUGGGCUUUUGAUGCUACCCAAGGGAAGUGCGUUUCCUUUCACUAUGGUGGCUGCCAGGGCAAUGGAAACAAAUUCUACACAGAAAAGGAAUGCAAGGAGUACUGUGGUGUUCCUGGUGACGGGGCUGAUGAGCUCCUGCGACUCAACAACUGAAAUCAGAUCCUCCUCUGUGUACCUGAGCAGAAGGAAGUCGGCUACGUGUCCUUGGGAAAGAACAUGAUACAGAGGUCUAUGGAGAGGGAAAUCUCAGAAAUUCGAGCCUCGGUCACUCGGAAUUAAGGAUACAUCUUUUUUUUUAAAGACAAAUCCAGCCUCCCGUGUUGGAAUUGCACGUUACAUUUGAUUCACUUGUUCUGACCUUUAGACUUUUUUUUUUUAAGGUUACCAGAUAGACUCCUUUCCUGUGGGCACUAUGACCACUAUGACCACUAUGACUCAGUAUCUCUAAUGGUUUUGUGUUCUGGCUCCUUCAAUUCAAUAAACUUUUAUUAAGGAA